CGACAGACCACGGACCACAGACCACAGACGACCGACAGCCUGCGCAAACCGCCUGCACGGCUCUGAUCCCAGGUUGCAACUUACAACUGACACUGUGACCACCAAGAGGCUGCCGCUGCAACUCGGUCCAGUCCGAGUCCAUGCGAAAAUUCCCUGCCUGGUCGGCGCCGAGAAACUCUCUGACCAUCCUUCCCGUGCUACACACUAGCCUCCCCGAUCUUGAACGUGAAGAGUCGACCUGGCACCGCCCUCAUAGCUCUACUUCCUGCCUUGACAUCGGGUCGCGUUUGACUGGUGUUGGAUUCUUUGUCGAGCUGAGCCCGUCAUACUGUCCGGUCGGAAGGAAAAACUAGUGAAAGGAAAGCUAGGUGGUGGAAGGUCUCCUUUAUCAUUGAAAAGAAAGAACAUCCCCCAGAACAGGUUGGAUAGCGCUGUGUGCGCACCCGACAUGUCUUGACACACGGUUCACAUACUUCUUCUCGACCAAUUUCACCGAGCUCGAUUUGUUUCCACACUUGUUGAUCAUGAUGGCAUCGGGAGGCAUUCACUCAGGAGUCUAUGCGCAACCCCCUCCACCUUUCCCUCAACACGGCCAUUCCACCUCUAUGAACCCAACUUUCGCGCAACAACCCCCGCCCAUGGGCCCGUUCGAGGGCCAGUCGAUCGCUUCUACGCCAGCACCCACUCCUCCGCCUCCGAGACCGGCAUCUCAACACCAACAGCAGCAGGCCUUAUCGGCCCAGCAACAGAUGGUAUAUAGCAUGAAUGGAACAGCCUCCAUGUCAAACGGAAAUAUGAUGGCACCGCCCAAUAACUUCGGUGGCUACUCGGAGGCAAAUGCGUUCACCCAACCCGACUAUUACGCGAACGGGCUCAAGCCACAGAUAUACACCGCCGUCUAUUCCAACGUGUCCGUUUUCGAGAUGGAGGUCAAUGGCGUAGCUGUUAUGCGGCGCCGUGCGGACUCUUGGCUGAACGCGACCCAGAUUCUCAAGGUAGCGGGAGUGGAUAAGGGUAAACGAACAAAAGUGCUCGAAAAGGAAAUCACCGGCGAGCAUGAAAAGGUUCAAGGCGGCUACGGAAAGUACCAGGGCACCUGGGUCAAUUAUCAGCGCGGUCGUGAGUUUUGCAGACAAUACGGGGUCGAGCAGCUGCUCCUACCGCUGUUGGAGUACGACAUCAAUUCGGAUGGUAUGUCGGGGGUCUCUCAGGGCAUGGAGACCCCAACCAAGGAGCAAGCCAUGGCAGCUCAGAGAAAAAGAAUGUAUGGUGGUGACAGCCGACUAGCUGGGCAGCCGACCGGAGGUACCUUUUUCAAAAGUAUGUCCAGCACUGCGGCAAACGCCAUCCAUGCCUUGAAUAGAACGAGGCUCGACUCGCCCAAUAUGGACGGACGACGCUCCAUCGGCCCCAGAAAACAAUCCCAAUCCUUUGGUUACAGUCAGGAGGCCAUGUAUGCAAGCCAGCAGAGUAUGCCCAGCAUGACGACUCAGGAUAGCUUCGGCACCAAUGGUGGGAUCAUGAGCCAGGGUGCCAGCUUCGUGGAUUUCCCUCCAACAGAUUCGCAGGAGCCGCCGCGCAAACGCAUUCGACCUUCACCACAGUCGUCAUUCAUCUAUGAUGGCGCGAUAGACCUCAGCAUGCAGGACAGCGUCCCGACAGAGCCGAAUGUCUCAUUCUUUUCUCAAUCCGGACAGGCUUUUAUUUCUGCAGAUCCGCUGCCCUAUGGGCUAGAACCACUUGCUCAUCCGUCUGGCCCCUUGGAAGAGCAAAAAAAGGAACUUUUACUCGAUCUUUUCAUCGACCCUUCACGUACCGACUUCGACGACCAUCCAGCCUUUCUGCGACUCAGUGGCGAUGAGUAUGAGGUGCCAAUUGAUGGCUCAUCUAACACUGCUUUACACUGGGCGGCUACAUUGGGUCGAGUCGCCCUCGUUCGAAAGUUGCUCGAGAAGGGAUUCAACAUGCGGCGAGCAAACAGUGGGGGGGAGACAGCAUUGAUCGCUGCAUGCCAGGCGAGGAAUAAUCUCGAUCAGAGUUCUUUUCCUGCUCUGCUGGAGCUCCUCGGUCCCAGCAUCGAGGUCAGAGAUGGACGUGGCCGGACAAUGCUCCAUCACAUCGCCGUCGCUUCGGCGAUAAAGGGUAGAGCUGCAGUCGGAAAGUAUUAUCUCGAGUCUCUACUCGAGUAUGUGAUUCGACAAGGCACUUCGUCCAAAACAAGCACGCAGUUUGAGACGAUGGGCGGACUCAACAGCCUAAGCCAGACCAAUCCUAUGACCCUGGCGAGGUUCAUGUCGGAAAUUGUGAAUGCUCAAGAUAAGACAGGAGAUACAGCUUUGAACCUGGCGGCAAGAACAAGCACGACUACCAUCAUUGAUCAGUUGGUCGAGGUUGGUGCCGAUCCGCACAUCAGUAACCGCGGCGGGUUGUCUCCAGCAGAUUUUGGAGUGGGCGGUGGACCGGUCAACAACCACAUGUUCGACCCAGCAUUCGCACCGUUAGACCAGCCUCCAAUAGCGAACGGGUCAACACAGAAAUCCUUUGAAGAGGCUCAAGAAGGACUCAUGGCCUCAAUACGAGAGGUCCUGUCUCAAUCCGAGGCCGACUUCGCAGCCGAGAUGAAAGAAAAGAAGGAGAUCCUGGACAAGACCAACGCAGCAUUGAAGGAGUCUGGUAGCUCGCUUGCAGAGGAGCGGCGGCGACUAGAAGAGAACCGAGCCAAAGUCCGAGAAAAGGACGAGCUAGAGCAGAAAAUCGGCAAUUUACGUCGAGCGGCGGCCAAACUUCGCGCCGAGUUGAGCGAAUCGAACCCGCUCAACACGAUACAAGACAAAGUCACGGUUGGAGAAGCAGACCGGGGCCUUGACCUGGAAGGACAAUUGCCGCUCCUGGCGCAGUUCUUCCCUGACGGCGAGGUAGAUGCCGGGCUCAUGACAUUGAGCCAGGAGCAACUUAACCUCUUGGGAAGCCUGGAAAGAGCGGAGGUGGUGUCGGGGCGGGUCCAGGUGUAUCAGCGACACAACCAACAGCUGGACCAGAUGGCCAAGGUGCUCAAAGCCCACAGUGUGGAGCUGGAAGCACGGUACAAGAAGAUUGUGAGUCUGUGUACGGGUGCUGACGAAGACAAGGUUGAUAGCUUGCUGGAUGGUCUCGUGCAGGCGGUCAUCAGCGAGCAAAAGGAGAUGAGCAACAAUUCGCAGCUAGGACGAGUCCGGGACUUUUUAAGGAUGGUUCAAGGGUCCGGAAACUAGGUUCUGUGUGUGGCACAACGUGAUUGAGGACAUCAUAUGGGCCACAAGCAACGAGUUUCACGUGUCAGUCAAUGCAUCGGUGCGCAUGUUUCCACUCGGCACGCAGGGCAUCAAAGUGUUAAUCAUGUUCACGUUGCGCUAAAUCUGUGUGGCCAAUUAUGUGAAUGCCUUUUGCAUAAUUUGUCGUGGCUGGGAAGGGGGGACCAGCUGGGGAACAACUAUUGCAUCAACGGACGGAUACACGCAAUGUCUAAUUCAGUCAAUGUUAGUAGUAUACUGCGAGCUCGUGCUACUGGUAACGCGCGCAACACGAGGAGAGCACAGAAACCAGAACCGUCAGCCUCGUUGACAACAAUAACAACAAAGUCGUUC